AUGAGAGAGGGGAUUAAAAAGAAGGCAGCAGCCAAGAGAAGAAAAGACAAGAAGCUUUCGAAAAAGGAUAUCACCUGGAAAUCAAAGCACAGAAAAGAUCCUGGAAUUCCUGCUAGUUUUCCUUACAAGGAUCAAAUAAUCACUGAAUUAGAAGAGAAUAGACGUGCUGAAAAGGAAAAAAGAGAAGAGCUUAAAUUGAAGAGACAAAUGGAAAAAGAAGCAGGAUUAAUGAGUGCAGAACUUGGAGACGAAGAGAUGGACGUAGAGAGUGAUACGGAGAGCGAUGAUGGAGCAAAUGGUUUGGGUGCUUUGCUCGAGUCUGCAAAACAAGCAGCCAAAGAGUAUGAGGGCGGAUCUUUUGAUGAUAAUGAUGAUGAUGACAAUAAGAUGGUAGACGAUGAUGAUGAUGAUGAAGCAGAUAUCGAAUACAGCAUUAGUGAUGUCGAUGAUGGGGAUGAAGAAGAUCGUGGCGCUUUGGACAAAUCAAGAAAGUCUUAUGACAAGAUCUUUAAAACAGUCGUUGAUGCCUCUGAUGUUGUUUUAUAUGUUCUUGAUGCCAGAGACCCCGAAUCAACAAGGUCGAGAAAAGUUGAGCAGGCUGUUUUGCAGAACCCCGGCAAAAGACUUAUAUUAUUACUUAACAAAGUCGAUCUUAUACCAACUGAGUCAUUGAACCAAUGGUUAGCGUUUUUGAAAUCGUCAUUUCCAACUAUUCCAAUCAAGGCUGCUCCAGGAGCUACCAAUGCUGCCUCUUUUAACAAGAGUUUGAGUUUUGCACUGACUGCAGAUGUCUUGAUGAAAGCUUUGAAAGCAUAUGCUAAUAAAUCAAACCUCAAGAGGUCGAUUGUUGUAGGUGUUAUUGGAUACCCCAACGUAGGAAAGUCAUCUAUCAUCAAUGCACUUACCAAGAGGCAUAACAAUCAUUCUAAGGCAUGCCCCGUUGGUAAUCAAGCGGGAGUUACAACGUCAAUGAGAGAGGUCAAGAUUGACAACAAAUUGAAAAUCCUUGAUUCACCAGGUAUUGUGUUCCCAGACGAGAUAAUGAACACCAAGAAGCAGACAAAGCUGCAGCAGAAUGCCAAACUCGCUUUGUUGUCGGCAAUACCUCCAAAGCAAAUCACAGACCCAACAGGUGCAGUGCAACUAUUAUUGAAGAAAUUUUCACAAAACACGGAAAUGGCUGAUGGAUUAAAGAAAUAUUAUGACUUGCCACCAUUACCAUCCUCAGACUUGAAUGAAUUCUUGAAACAUUUCUUGAUUCAUAUUGCUCGUACAAAGGGAAGAUUGGGCAAAGGCGGUGUGCCAAACUUGGAAGCUGCUGCAUUAUCGGUUUUGAAUGAUUGGAGAGAUGGAAGACUUAUUGGAUGGACAUUACCCAAUGCAUCCAAACAAAAAGCAACCAUUGUGGAUCCCGAAGCACCAAAGAGCUCUUUGCGUGGUGAGAAGGAACCACCUAAGGUUGAACAAACUACUAUUGUCUCCGCAUGGGCUAAAGAGUUUGACCUUGAUGGCCUCUUGGGCGAAGAUUUCCAAAAUUAA